CACUCGCUACCGCGUUCCAAAAUCAAAUUUCAAAAACCCCAACGAACAACAAAUUAUGAAAAUACCCCUUUAAUUGUUUUAAGUACAGUGUCCCACACAAGUGUGCAUGCAAAUUGUUCGGAAUAUGAAAGUGUUAACGAAAAUAUGCGUACAGUGUAUAUGUAAAGUGUACGAUUGAUAUUUUUUGUUUGGCUGCGUGUAACCGUGUUCGCGAUGGGUUUAUAAUUGGUCUAAAUCUAUGAUUGUGAAGUGAAGGAUGUAGACGAACACAAUGUCUCAGAGGGAUUUCUCAGAGAUCGAGCCAACAGGCUCAGCGUCCCUCGGAGCGGCGUCUCGCGCGCUCUUCGUCGAAAAAGUGCGCGCUUCGAACGCCGCCUGCCAAUCUGGGGACUUCGCGACUGCUGUCGCGUUGUACACAGACGCCCUCACCUUAGACCCGGCUAAUCAUAUACUAUACAGCAACAGGUCGGCAGCGCGACUCAAACAAGGCCAGUUCGCAGCGGCACUCCAAGAUGCAACGAAGGCCAGAGAAUUGUGCCCCAACUGGCCCAAAGCCUACUAUCGACAGGGCGUGGCUCUCCAAUGCCUCGGGCGCCACGGCGAAGCCCUGGCUGCCUUCAGCUCAGGCCUGGGAGUGGAGCCAGCCUCCCGACAACUCCUGGCUGCAUUGGUUGAAGCUUCCCUCAAGUCUCCACUGCGAGCAACUCUUGAACCUACCUUCAGGCAGCUGGCAAUGAAGCUUGAUCAGAGCCCAUUCGUACUGAUAUCGGUUGUGGGCCAAGAGUUGCUAGCAGCAGGGCAGUACCAAGCAGCCGUGACUGUGCUCGAAGCUGCCCUGAGGAUCGGCUCCUGUUCUCUCAAGUUACGGGGCUCCGUGUUCAGUGCCCUGUCCUCCGCCCACUGGGCCCUGAGCCAACUCGACGCCGCUAUCAACUAUAUGCAGCAAGACUUGGCGGUGGCAAAAUCUCUGGGAGACACAGCUGGGGAGUGCAGAGCGCAUGGGAAUCUUGGCGCGGCCUAUUUCAGCCAAGGGUCUUAUAAAGACGCUUUGACUGCGCAUCGGUAUCAGCUGGUGUUGGCUAUGAAGUGCAAGGAUACUCAAGCCGCAGCCGCCGCGCUCACAUCCCUCGGCCACGUGUAUACAGCCAUCGGCGAUUACCCUAAUGCCUUAGCUAGCCACAAGCAAUGCGUCCAACUAGUGAAACAGAUGGGAGACCGACUGCAAGAGGCUAGAGAGAUUGGGAACGUGGGAGCUGUGUAUUUGGCUAUGGGGGAGUUUGAUUCUGCUGUUGACUGCCAUACACAGCAUUUGAGGCUGGCUAGAAGACUUGGUGAUCAGGUUGAAGAAGCAAGAGCAUACUCUAACCUAGGAUCCUCAUAUCACUAUAGACGGAACUUCGCUCAAGCCAUCGCCUACCACGAGAAUGUGCUCAGGAUCGCUCAGAACCUAGGCGAUAGAGCUAUUGAAGCCAGGGCUUACGCUGGCUUAGGACAUGCUGCAAGAUGUGGGGGAGAUUACGCACAGGCUAAGAAAUGGCACGAAAGGCAGCUAGAUGUUGCGCUUGCAGCUAGAGACAAGGUUGGGGAAGGCAGAGCAUGUUCUAACCUGGGUAUUGUGUACCAGUUGUUAGGUGAACAUGAUGCCGCGUUAAAAUUACAUCAGGCACAUUUGUCGAUAGCCAGGCAAUUGCAGGAUAAAGCCGGCAUGGGCCGCGCCUACGGUAACAUCGGUAACGCCUAUUCUGCAGCCGGUUUUUACGAGCAAGCCAUCAAGUACCACAAGCAAGAGCUGACUAUCUCCAAGGAGGUCCACGACAGGAGCUCAGAGGCGUCCACUCAUGGGAACCUGGCGGUGGCGUACCAAGCGCUCGGAGCGCAUGAUAUGGCCUUGUUCCAUUAUAGGGCGCAUUUAGGCAUCGCCCGCGAACUAAAAGACGCAGCAGGCGAAGCGUGUGCACUCCUCAACCUUGGCAACUGCCUGUCCUCCCGAGGAGAAUUUGCCCAAGCUGUCCCGUACUACGAACAGCAUUUGAUGCUGUCUCAGGAGCUGGGGGAUGUCACUGCUGAAGCCAAAGCUUGCCACUUUCUUGGCUACGCGCAUUACUGUCUGGGGAAUUAUAGAGAGGCUGUUAGAUAUUACGACCAAGACCUCUCACUAGCCAAAGAUCUUCAAGACAAAAUGAACAUGGGCAGAGCGUAUUGCAAUCUCGGUCUAGCCCAUCUUGCCCUAGGCAACUUAGAAACGGCGUUAGAAUGCCAAAAGUAUUUCCUAGCCAUUGCGCACAUGACCCAGCACUUACAAGGGAAGUUCAGAGCUUUGGGGAACAUUGGGGAUGUGUUGAUCAAGAUGGGGGAAGUUGAAGAGGCUGUUAAGAUGUAUCAGAGGCAGCUCGGGUUCGCGAGGCAGGCGAGGGAUCGGUCUUUGGAGGCGGCGGCUUGUGGUGCCCUUGGGCUGGCCAGGAGGCUACAAAGGAGGCUUGAUGCAGCGUUGGGGCAUCAUACACAGGAACUAACUCUUCGCCAAGAAGCCGGUGACUCAGCAGGAGAAGCCCGCGCACACUCCCACUUAGGCGCCGUCCAUAUGGCCUUAGGCCACUACUCGCACGCAGCCAGAUGCUACAGGGAACAGCUGGAGAGGGCCCAGGAGUUGCAGGACUGUGCCCUGGAGGCGCAGGCUUACGGAAACUUGGGCAUUGCGAAGCUUAACAUGGGGCACUAUGAAGAUGCCAUUGGAUAUUUAGAACAGCAACUGGCCAUCCUAGAGCGAGUGAACACCCCAACCUGUCAGCUAGAUAAAGCCCGAGCACUCGGAUCUCUCGGCGACUGCUACGACGCUCUUGGAGACCCUGACGAGGCGGCCAAGUACCACGAGCAGCACUUGACUGCGGCCCUGAAGCUGGACAACUCGAGGGAGCAGGAACGGGCGUAUAGAGGCUUAGGGCUUAGUCACAAAUCAGUCGGUAAUCUCCAGCAAGCCCUGGUUUGCCUGGAGAAGCGCCUGGUGGUAUCUCAUGAGUUGGGAAUGCCGGAGGCUAAGGCACAGGCGUAUGGCGAGUUGGGCGCACUGCACAUUGCUCUCAACAAUCUGGAGCAGGCUGUGUCUUGCUUGGAGCAUCAGAAAAAUAUUGCCAAGGAGCUAAACAACCAAAUAAUGGAAGCCGAAGCGUGCCACUCGCUGGGCGUAGCUCAACACGCGCUAGGCGACCACGCUGCGGCCGUUCGCCACCACCGAGCUGAAUUGGAGCUGGCUCAUAGACUGGGGCUUACGCAUCUGCAGGCUCGUGCGUGCGGUGGACUGGGCGCGGCGCAUGCUUCUAUGGGUGCUCAUGCGGAGGCCGCUCGGUGGCACGAGUCCAGACUACGGCAUGCCACUGCUGCAGGAGACACACGAGGCCGGGCACAAGCUCUUGCAGAUUUGGGACGCGCUCACCUCGCUAUGGGCGCUUGUGGUAGUGCCGUCUCUUAUCUGAGACAAGCUUUAGCAGCUACGGAAGGCUUAGCUGACGUUGAUGAAGAGGCUCGUGUCCGUCACAGGCUGGGCUUCGCGCUCUGGGCUUCAGGAGAACUAGAAGAAGCCAAAGAACAGCUGCACGCUGCACUGAGGGUUCUCGAGUCCGGUAGCGAAAAGCACAGGAACAAGAAGAUCUCGGCACUCUACACUUCCACGCAACACGCUUUGCAGCGGGUGCUUGUGGAGUUGGGACGUCAUUCGGAGGCUCUAGUAGUAGCGGAACGCGGCCGCUGUCGAGCAUUGGAUACCGUCGGGGAAAAGCAGAGCUCCUUGAACAUAAACAACUUGGAUCUGCAUACUGUGCAAAGAAGCCUCGCAGAAGAGGCCAUAAAAAGUCCGGAGCCGUGGUGUCCGGCCAACAUCGACCAAGUCCUGGAGGUCGUAAACAAGCAGAAGGCCCCGGUCUUGUACUACAGUUUGGCUGCCGGCCGGCUUUAUGCGUGGCUGCUUCAACCACACAAGGGUAUACUAAGAUUCCAUCAAAUUUCGCUGAUCGAAGAAGCCCAAGAAACUGACAACAGUUUGCCGGACAUCAGUCCUGAUGAAAUGCAUACGAAUACGGGUGGUCUCGGAAAACUAGAGAGGUGUAUAACCGAAUGGUCGGCUUGGCUGAAAACGUCCGCUGAACGAAUAAACGACAACGACGACCAAUGGGAGCCUGAAGAGUUACCCGCUGGAGGACUCGCCAGAAUGGUGGCUCGCAAUCAUCUUUUGAACUCGUCCAAUUAUUCACUGAGCUCGCUCUUCAGUGUGGGAUCGGUUGGCGGAUCUGUCGCAGGAUCUGUUGCUAGUCUACAAGGAUCGACAAGAUCCAGCGUCCACGGUUCCCGCAAGAAGCAGCCAUCUUGGCAAGGACCAGCUUGUCUGAGCACCUUGUACCAGAUGCUGCUGGCUCCCUUUGAGGAUCUCCUGCCGGCGUCUUGCAAUAACAACCACGCAUCCCAUGGUCGACGAGGCUGUGGCGGCCGACGAGAACUAGUAUUGGUUGUAGAAGGCGCGCUCUACGCGUGUCCUUGGGGAGCUCUGCGCGGCACAGAUGAACCGCUCUGUGAACGCUACGCACUUCUUGCGGCGCCCGCGCUACGGCCGUUGAGGCACCACCGACCCAGGGCGAGGCCCCAUGAACGAGGUACAACUGCCUCGAACUCCAACGCCGAAGCGGGGAUGCGAUGCCUGGUGGUGGGCGGGCCGCGCGUGGGUGGAGGCCGCUGGGCGGGCGUGCACGCGCAACUGAAGGAGGCAGAGUUAGUUGCUGAUAUGCUGAGGGUUACAGCUCUUACUGAUUAUCAGGCAUCGAAAGAAGCAGUAUUGGCACAACUGCCCCAGGCCGAGUGCGUCCAUUUCGCCACUCAUAUCUGCUGGAAGACACCUGCGAUUGUUCUGAGUCCUGGCGAAGUGGUCGACUCACAAUCCAAACGUUUGUUGAACACCAGUGUUGGCAGUGGGGCAGCUGACACGUCGACUGAAAACGAAGAAGAAAGUACAGAAAUGACUCCGAGCAAUGAGGAACUGCCACCAGCCUCCGAGUUCAUGCUGACAGCUUCAGAGAUAAUGAGCAUGAAGAUCACUGCCAGACUGGUGGUGAUAUCCUGCGCCCCGUCCAGCGCGGCUCUCCUCGGCACUGAGAACGAAGACGUGGCUCUGGCAGGCGAGGGUGUGUCUUCGCUGUGCCGCUCACUCCUAGCGGCCGGUGCGCAAGCUAUCCUGCUUACACUCUGGCCUGCUCCACAAGACACUGCUACUAAAAUCCUGUACCGGGCGCUGUACUCGGCGCUGCUGCAAGGAAGCAGGGUUGCUAAAGCCCUCGGUGACGCCAUGCAAACUGUCCGUCACACGAAACUCUUCGCGCACCCAGCGCACUGGGCCGGACAGGUGUUACUUGGUGCCAAUGUUCGUCUCAGCAACAAGGUGGCGCUGAUGGGUCAAGCGCUGUGUGAACUGCUGGCCUCACCUGAUAAAUGCCGGGACGCUUUGCGAGUGUGCCUGCACUUGGUAGAGAAAUCUCUACAGCGAAUAGUGCGAGGCCAGAAGAACGCGAUGUACACCACUCAGAAGAGCAUAGAGAACAAAGCCGGGACAGCCGCUGGCUGGAGAGAGCUGUUGAUGAGCGUCGGGUUCAGGUUUGAGCCUGCAGCAAACGGAAUACCCUCCAGCGUGUUCUUUCCACAAAGUGAUCCGGAAGAAAGACUGACACAGUGCUCCGCUAGUCUUCAGGCAUUAUUAGGUCUAUCACCAACAACACUACAAGCACUAUCAAAACUUAUCUCGAACGGAGACGUUGCCGACGAUAUAAUCGGUGUAAUACGUUCCGUCAUCUCCCAGUUUUCGGUCAAAAACUCUGAUAGUGAUACCAUCGAAGUGGCGGUGAACGUGAGACUGUGGCGGGUGAACGGGUGCCAUGAGUUGUUGGCGUCCUUGGGCUUCGAUCUGGCGGAGGUUGGCCAGGAUGAGGUGACCUUGCGAACUGGGAAGGCGGCUAAUAGACGACAUAUACAGUUCGUGCUGCAAGCGCUACUUGCUCUAUUCGAUACUCAAGAAGCGCCAAGAAGCCUUAGCCUGGAGUCCAGCUCGAGUGUGGAAUCAUUGGCGUCAAUCGACGAUGGCGACCUAGAACCGCACUCUGAUGGAGAACCUCCACCAAGACAACAUCGCCAGGAAAGCGCAUCAUCAGUGCCACCACCCCCAUUGCCACUCGGAUCUUGUGGAGGUGCCUUCACAAUGUACGUGCGCGGCACAUCAUCUUCAACUGACGUAGGACGCGGAGAGCCGGACGGCAGAACUGCCCCGCCGCCAGCACCUCCACCGCCUAGAUACAGAGGCGAGAGUGACGCGGCGUUCACACCGUCGCCACCGGCUGCGCCACAACCUGCCCCGUCAGCACCCCAGCGAGACGUCUCUCUUGCACUCGCACAUCAAACCAAAAUAAGAACCCUUUACACUAGGCGCCCACCUUCAACAGACGACUCCGAUUGGGAAAGCUCAGGCCACGACACCGUCCUCAGAAGACGGCCUGAUCACUCCCAUGCGAGAUACCUCGACGCUUUCUACGAUUUAGCUGCAGCCCAACCUAGGAGAACUUCCGAAGAAGAUAAGACUGAACAGGUGAGGGAAAUGAGUCAACCCUCUUCCUCUAAGCGAGUGCCGCGACCGAAAAUGGGCACGAGUAGUCGGGACUCCAUGGCCCAAGUUCGGCAUAUGAGCGGCGAGAUGACUCCUACAAUAUCUGAAGUAUAUCAUGAAAGGAAUAUUGGCCUAGGCCUCGCGCCUCCACUAGCCGAGCUUCUGCUAGCAGAGGAUUCAAAAACGGAGAUGAGAGCGGCCAGCUCUAGUGAGAAUCUACUUCUGCAAAACUUAGAAAAGCUCGGCCUCUUGGGUGACACGAGCGAAAACGAAGAGCGAUGGUGCAACAACAAUUCUUCAAGGCCGUGGCUAUCAGCUUUGCCUUUAGAAACAGACGUGCAAGGUUCAGAUCUGACAACUGCUGAAAUAAUCGAGCGUCAGAAUAAAUUCAAGAAAGAGGUCGAACCAAAGAGGAAAGAGGAGAAUGCUUAUGAGUUAAAGCCGAAAGAGGAGGUGGCGGGGCCGAGCGCGAUGGAGAAGAGAUCCGUGUCUCCGUUCUCAGAGAUGUCUCGAAGAGACGAGGGGGACGGUAGGAGUAUAGCGGAUUCCCACUCUUCAUACAAGGCGUUGGUGCUAAGUCCCCGCGCGCCGUACUUGCCGGAGGAGGGCGAGGGGGCGCGGGCGGGCCCCGAGGGGGGCAAGACGCACCCGCGCCCGCGCCGGCCGCCCGUGCCCCGCACGAGGCCUGCGUACACGACGCUUGACUUCCCACCGAAAUAACAAUGUGAGUGAAAUGUUUUAUUUUCUGCAGUGUAAAAAAGUGAAUGAAUUUUGUUAUUGCACAAAUUUUAAUUAAAUAUUAUCUUGUAAAAUACUUUAAAUGCUCAAGCAAUUCAUUCUUUGUGGUUAAUGUAUAUGUAAUGUAAGCACUGUAUUUUGUAUAAUUAUAGUUAGUUAUUAUUAUAUAGUUCUAAACUAUAUAAAUUUUGAUUAUUUUAAGUUGUAACUAGCACAAGUAUCGUAUCUCCUAGCGUUAGUAUUUAUUUCAACACUUCUAAUUACGUCUGUUGUUAAUGUUAGGUAAUUAUACUAAUACUCUAAAACAAACCUUGCCAUUGUAUAUAGUAAACAUAAAAUGUAAUGACACAAUCGAUCAUAAACGUAUU